UAGUCCCACUCCAACAUCUUCUCAUUCACAUACACACGUACACACUUCCUCGAACAUUUCAAACCUUAGAUUAUUCACACAAUCUCACACACACACAAAGAUGAAUCUCCUCACAAUAUCAACACAAAUAAUAGUAGCAAUCAUCUUCUUCAUGCAUUCAACCCAAUCCCUCUCCUCCCAAUCCCUCAUCCUCCCCCUCAAAGCCAAGCUAAUCCCCUCAAACAAGCUCUCCUUCCACCACAACAUCUCCCUCACCGUCUCCCUCACCGUUGGCUCGCCGCCUCAGGCGGCGACCAUGGUCCUCGACACUGGCAGCGAGCUCUCCUGGCUCCGCUGCCAGAAGACCCCCGCCGCCGCCCCCUCCUUCUCCCCCUCCCUCUCCUCCUCCUACCGCCCCACCCCUUGCUCCUCCUCCACCUGCACCACCCGCACCCGCGACUUCCCCAUCCCGGCCUCCUGCGACGCCCGCCACCUCUGCCACGUGGCCGUCUCCUACGCCGACGCCUCCUCCGCCGAGGGCAACUUAGCCGCAGAGGUUUUCCACCUGGACCGGUCAAAUUCAUUUGAUAACAUCACAUUCGGCUGCAUGGACACCGGUUCAUCUUCCAACCCGGAGGACUUAAAAACCACCGGUCUGGUCGGAUUGAACCGGGGCGGUUUAUCCUUCAUAAGCCAGACCGGUUUUCGCAAAUUUUCUUAUUGCAUAUCCGGCAAAGACUCCAGCGGCGUGUUGCUCUUCGGCGAUGCGGAUUUCCCCUGGCUGUCGCCGCUGAACUACACGCCGCUAGUGGAAAUGCCGGCGGCGACGCGGCUCCCGUACUUCGACCGGACUGCGUACACGGUCCGGUUAGAAGGGGUCCGGGUCGGGAACCGGUUGCUCCCGGUUCAGAAGACCAUAUACGAACCGGACCACACGGGAGCCGGUCAGACCAUGGUCGACUCGGGCACCCAAUUCACAUUCCUACUCGGGCCGGUUUACGACGCCUUAAAAGCCGAAUUCCUUCGACAGACGAAGGGGAUUCUCCGACCACUGGACGAGCCAGAAUUCGUGUUUCAGGGUGCGAUGGACGCGUGCUUCAGGGGGAGGGCGGCGCCGGCGAUGCUGCCGGCGGUGGCGCUGAUGUUUAGAGGGGUGGAGAUGAGCGUGAGAGGGGAGAAGCUGCUUUACCGGGUCGCAGGUAUGACCCGGGGAAGUGAUGGGGUUUAUUGCUUGACGUUUGGGAAUUCGGAUCUUUUGGGGGUGGAGGCCUACAUUGUAGGGCACCAUCACCAGCAAAAUAUGUGGAUGGAAUUCGACUUGUCCAAGUCCCGGGUCGGGCUCGCGGACUUUAGCUGCGAUUUGGCCGCGCAAAAGUUGGGGUUGUAAUUUACGGGCGGACGCCGAUUUUUUUUUUAGUGUAAUUUUUUUUAAUCGAAGAUGUAUAGUGAUUUCAGAUUUCUCUCGAGAUAGUGAAAUUUUGCUCGAUAAAAGUGCUCGUUAAGUAUGAAAGAUACUACUAGCACAGUGUUGCUUGGUGAGCUGACGAAAGUGUUUGCCAAUAUGGAUAGGUGAAUUGUGAAUUGUGUUUUGUGACAUGAGUAUGAAUAAUAAUAAUUGUCGUUUUUUCA